AUGGCGAAAACACUAUCCUAUAAAGCAAUUAGUAAACCAAUCCUUGGUUCUUUUGCCUUCCUAGAAAUCCUAUAUUUUGCCACUGGUGUUUUAAUGAUCUCGCUUGGUAUUGUAUGGUUCAUGUCACUUGGUCAAAACUUACGCAGUAUUGUGAUGACAAGUGGUCUGAUAAUAGGUGGCAUUUCUGUUGGUGCAUUUACUGUAGUGUCAUUUCUUGUCGCUGUUGUUGGUUUCAGUAAUCCUUUGAGACACAAGAAUUGGUUGAUUGUUCAUGUAAUCAUGAUUGUUUUAACUUCGCUGGCUCUUUUGGCUUUGGGUGGUGACAUUUGGUUCAGGACCUUAAAUGAAAGACAACAAUUUGGCAAUGAGUGGCUCAGAUGGGAUGAAAGCAUGAAAAUUAUGUUCGAGGACCAACUUCAGUGCUGCGGAUAUCAAAAUUCAACCGAUAACCCUGCUUCAUCACGAUGCACUCAAGACGUGGACCCAUCAAUACCAGGUUGUAUAGGACCAAUAACUUCACGAGCUGACAGACUUUCUCGUCAAUUAUUCACUACAUUAUUUGGCUUCAUAACUGUGGAUAUAUUAGCUUUCUUUGCCACGAUCAUACUGAUACAAGCAAGAAAUGUUGAAGAACGUUAUAUAAAAAUUGAUGAAAAACAUAGUCAUAUCAGAGACGAAGCAUUAAAAAUACAAUAUGUUUAA